UGCUGCUGCUGCCUGUCCCGCUGAGCUACUACACCAUUUUGUGUCUACCUUCCUUUUUGCAAAGACUGUGAGCGUUUGGGAAAGUGGGCCAAUGGUGCCCUGAAGGAGAAAGAUAUCCGUAGACCAGAGGCUUUAUAGUCACUACCCAGGAUAAAGUUCAGUGUUGGCGAGUAUACUAGGAUGCUAACUUUGAAUACAAUAAUUUCCGUUGCAUCCGCAUCGUGACUCCAAGUGGAGGGUUGAAUCUGUCGUUCAUUGGUCGCUGCCGCUGCUAAUCACCCAACGCUUCCCGCGUGUUCGAGGAGAUCCGGCAUCAGUCAUGACUCUCAGGGCCUGUGGAUUGAUCAUUUUCAGGAGGUUAUACGCUUCCAAACUCGAAGCAAUCGAGUUCCUACUCUUGCAAACUUCUUACGGUCAGCAUCACUGGACGCCUCCUAAAGGGCAUGUUGAUCUGGGUGAGGAUGACCUUCAAACGGCACUUCGCGAAACAGAAGAAGAAGCAGGACUAAAAAGCAAAGAUUUCAAUUUGCUUGAAGGCUACAAAAAAGAAAUGAAAUACAACGUGAGAAAUGUACCCAAAAUUGUUAUCUUUUGGUUAGCAGAACUAAAGGACAGUAAUGUAGAAAUAAAGCUUUCGGAUGAGCAUCAGGCAUUCCGCUGGUUAAAUGUAGAUGAGGCUUGUAAACUUGCUCAAUAUCAAGAAAUGCAGGAAGCACUGAGAGAAGCUUACCAGUUCAUCUGUGCCAAGACCAGUGAAAAUAAAUAAAAGACCUCGAGUUAUUUUACUGCAGCUUUGCAGGCAUUUCUUA